AUGGCUCACAAAUGUUGGGAGACAUGGCUGAGUAUGGCUAUCAUAUCCCUCGUGACGACUACAACCAUAGCCGAUUUUACAACGGAAUGCCAAAGACCUUGUGACUGCAGGUGGCAAUCUGGAAAUAAAGCAGCAAUUUGCUCAAACUCAAGCCUUCGAAUAGUGCCAGCUAAUCUCAGCAGUGAUAUACAAAUACUCGAUCUAUCUAACAAUAAUUUACUACAGUUACACCAAGAAGCCUUUAAACGAGUGGGCUUGAGCAACUUAAAAAAACUUUUCUUAAGAGAUUGUAAUAUAGAAACUAUUCAUAAGGCAGCGUUCAUGACACUUGCCAUUAUGAUUGAGUUAGAUCUAUCAAAAAAUAGAAUACGAAAUCUUCAUGCAGAUACAUUCAAAGGCACUGAGAAACUAAGAUUAAUAAACUUGAGCAACAACUUUAUCGAUAAGUUAGAGGACGGUCUAUUCCGCAAUUUAAAGUUCCUUCAAAAAGUUGAGGUAAGCAAUAACAGAAUAGUCAGGAUCGGAACGAAGGCGUUCGUAAACUUGCCGCAGUUAAAGAUAUUGAGAAUAGACGGGAACAAUUUGAGCCAUAUGAAACCGGAAACUUUGAUGGCGUUAAGAAACUUAUCGGGUUUGGAUCUACACAACAAUCCUUGGAGAUGUGAUUGCAAUUUGCAAACGUUCAGAGACUGGGUGAUCAGUCACAAUUUGUACACGCCGCCGACCUCGUGUGCGGAACCCGCGUCCGUCCGUUCUAAACUUUGGAACGAAUUAGAUUCUUCGAACUUUGCCUGCCGGCCUACUAUAUUGGAGCCAGUGCCGGACGCGACUAUCAAAAGUUAUGAGGAAAACGUGACUCUGAUUUGCAAAGUCGUUGGAAACCCGAACCCAGAAGUUCUGUGGCGGUUCAAUGGCAAGACAAUUGAGCUGAGGUCUUUCGGUGAAAUAAGGUACAUAAUUUCUGAAAAUACAAUGGAUUUAAUAAGAUGGGUGAAUUUGACAAUACUUCAUACUAGAUAUAGUGAUAGAGGCAAUUACACUUGCGUUGCCGAAAAUCCUGGUGGUAAGGAUGAGAAAACAUUAACACUGGUUCUCUCAAAAUAUGGUGGGGCGGGAACGAUAGCCGGUAUGGAUGCCGACUCCUUUGCCAUUUUAGUGGGAUGUUUGACAUCUAUAGUUCUAAUUUUUGGAGCGGUGCUAGCUGUAUGCUACUUUACGACACAAAACGGUGAAUUGAAAAGACUGAUCAAAACGGACACUCGUUCUUCAAACGGAGAGGCAUUAAUAGAGGGCUCAGUCACCUCAGAAGCCGAAAAAGGUUGUAAGAUGGAUAUUAAUCCCGUGACUAAGCCGCCAAGAAAGUACGAGCCCCCGUCCCUCGCAAACGCUGCCUCAGAAAUGUUGGAGCUUAAUAAGACUUUACUGGAUAACGACACUGUUUUGGUUCCGAGUGAAGAGCACAAUCGACAAGAUAUCGAGCUACCUAAGAUAUCUAAAGACAUACUCUUAGAUCGCAUGCCUACAGACUCUCAGGCAUACCCACCAGACUUGUUGUCGUUUCCUCUACGACCUACUAGCCAGAUAUCUCCAGCAACUGGCGUAUCCACCCAAGAAAGACCUCUGGUAAUGGAAAGUCCAAAAUCUCCCACAUACAGUAUAUCUUCUAUCAACUCUGCAAUUUACAGCCGGCUUCAAAAUACCAGUUACCAAGAGAUGCCGCUAGUGACAACGAAAGGAUAUGUAACAUUACCUAGACGGCCAAGAUUAAGUUACCCCGAUAACACUCUAAGGCCGCAAGUGUUUUCUACUUUAAAUGGUGUUAUUCCAUAUUAUGAUAAUUUUAACAUGAAAUUAUUUGGCAAUGGUGCAAAUUAUUACAGUUUGAACAAAAGUGAAAUGGACUUAGGUCCAGUUAAUAAGUCAGGAUUUUUAGAUGCCAGUGAUGAACUGGAACCUGCUCCUUCCCCAGCACCUGGGACUCCUCAUGCAACUAUUCCAAGAAAUAGUUUAAGUUCACCAAAUAUUCAUAACCAACUUUUAAUGUUACAGGCUAUGUCCAAUAAACACAGUAUGAGAUCCUCAGAGCAAAGGCCUUUAAAAGUUACUCUGACAGAGAAUGAAAGUCUUUUGAAGGCUUCAAGCAGAGAGUUGAAAGGAUAUAGUGUAAAUGUUGCAAGUACAUUAGGUAAGACUAGAACGAUAUCGAAUCCGACACCGAAAACGCGAAAACGAACUGGGGAUGUGAAAGAGACAUUCAUAGAUGCUAUCGAAAAUGCCACUCAAGUG